GCUGACAGCUUUUGCUUUGUCUCUAAACCUUUUUAUUUAAAACCUAAGUAACACUCCUUGUGAAGAAUAAUCUCUUCCAACUAAAGCAUUAAUCUUCCUUAUAGUUUUUCUUCUCAAGGGAGCUAGCUAAAUAUCAGUUUCUUAGGGAUCAUGACUAUGGCAAUUCUGAAAGGACUGAUGCAAGGAUACUUGAGUGCACUACUUGAUGAGGGCGUUGUCAAUGAUCGGUUUAAUGCGAUGGUAGGUUUGAAUAACACCGUGGAACGACGAGACCGUGUUGUGCAGCAGAUAGAAACAUAUUUUGCUGAUGUUGACAUGAUCCUUGCUGAGAUUUCACUUGAUUUUGCUAAUUCAGCAUUUGACUUCUCUAAGUUUGCUUCUCUUGCUCGUCAAGUUGAGGAUAAAAGUGAAAGCAUUGGUGCUGAGUAUAUGAGGAUUGCAUGUCCUGAAUUCGUUAAAGCUUGCGAUGAGAUGAACAAAAUAAUGCUUGAUCUAACAUUGCUCUGGGUAAAACAUCAGUUUGCUACUACCAAGAGAAAGUUGGAGACCUUUGUUCAGAUGGAGCGGAGGAUUAUCAGACUUGAGAGAUCAAACUCUUCAGACUAGAAUUCAUUUGUGUGUUGAAUUUUCCAUCAGUUGGAUAAGAAUCAUGUUUUCGGAUAAUGUGUUGUUUUGAACUGUUGUUUGUAUUAUGUUUUCGAAUAAUUUGUUGUUUCGAGCCUUUGUUUGUUAAUGAUGUUGGACCAUGUCUCUUGUUCGCGUACAAAAAUCAUGUUUUCUUUAAGAGCAAA